AGACAGAAAGGAAAUCCAAUUCUCAAUCUUUUGCAAUCUGUACCAUGGGAGCAUGGUGAUAUAGUAUGUGACUAUCAAGUUGGAUUAACCACCGGCCUUCUUUUCCUCUCACUGAGGUAUCACAAGCUUCACCCUGAAUAUAUUCAUACAAGGAUUGGGAAACUCGGUCAAAGUUACAACCUUCGUAUCUUGUUGAUCUUAUGCGAUGUUGAAGAUCACGAGCUAUCGAUUCGUGAGAUCACAAAGGUAUCAGUUACCAAUCAGCUCACUGUUUUUCUCGCUUGGUCUAAUGCAGAGGCUGCAAGAUACAUCCAACUCUUCAAAUCAUUUGAACGCAAACCACCUGAUUUGAUUAAAGAACGAUCCGACAAUACUUAUCUUGCUCAACUCUCAAGCGUUUUGACGACUGUGAAUGGUCUCAACAAAACCGAUGUGCUCACUUUAGCUUCUUCUUUUGGGUCUUUUCGUAAUAUCACCGAAGCGAGUCAGGCUGAUCUGUUGAGAUGUGCUGGAUUAGGUGAAAAGAAAGUCAAUAGAUUGAUUGAUAGUUUCAAUUCACCGUUUGGUCCUCCUUGA